AGCUUCUGCCGCAGGUCUAAUUUUUUUGUAAACAACUUUUUUUUUUUUUGUUUGUUUUUCUUGAAAGCAGGAAACAACACUUUGCAAUAUUAAGAAGGACGGGGAAAAAAAACAAACAAACAGACAAAUCAAAUCAAUCCUUUUCUUUACCUUAAUGCACAGAAAUCUGCAUCAUCUCUACAAAAGCCUUUUCUGUUUCUUUAGAAUACUGCGUUACUGUUAACACUACGACAUAAUCAAUAAUCAAUAAUAAUAAUAAUAAUAAUAAUAAUAAUAAUACGCAUUUCCUGGGUGGCUGUACGUGCAAGACACCAGAUCGCUAUUUUUAACCUUUUAUUAGCAGAAAUCGGUUCUCCAAUUUUAAGAAAAGUUCCAGUUGUGCUGUUCCUGCGUGUCUCCACUAGAGGGCAGUGCUGAGCGAACGCCGCCAUGGUCAGACUGACAAAGCCCAAAACUUUCCAGGCCUAUCUGGAUAACUGCCACCGCAGAUACAGCUGCGUGCACUGCAGAGCGCACCUGGCGAACCACGACGACCUCAUCUCCAAGUCAUUUCAAGGCAGUCAGGGGCGUGCGUAUCUCUUCAACUCAGUGGUGAAUGUGGGGUGCGGCCCCGCUGAGGAGAGGGUGCUCUUGACUGGUCUUCACGCCGUCGCUGACAUUUAUUGUGAGAACUGCAACACCACACUGGGCUGGAAAUACGAGCAGGCGUUUGAGACGAGCCAGAAGUACAAGGAGGGUAAAUUCAUCAUCGAAGUGUCACACAUGAUUAAGGACAAUGGGUGGGAUUGAGGGAGAGAGGGAUGGAGGGAUGGAAACAGACUGAUACAAGGAACGCGUCAAGAAUUCCAAUCAGAAAACGAGAAGGGAGAGCCCAGAGCUCUUCUCAAGAGAACGAGAGGUGUGCAUGUUAAGAUCUCUCUUCCCCCCUCUCUCUCUCUCUCUCUCCUGUAGAUUGCUGUCACCAUUCCUUCAUUCUCCGUCUGUCUGUCUAUGUUGUAAAGCACUUUAUAUUGUCAUGAAAAAUGUAAAAUUUAAAUUGUCCGUUUGCAAACAGUGAAAUCAAAUUUAUUUUUUUCUUGUUUAUAUAUAAAUAUUUCUGGCUUUUAAAAAUAAAUAAAAGCACCUUUUUUUUUUUUUUUUUUUUUUUAAGUUUAACUUGGUUUUACAGCUUGCUAUAGACGCCACUGUGUUGAAUAGCUCCUGCAGUUCUGUCCAGGGUUGUAGAUUAGUGUCUUGGGAAACCAGGACUGGAUCACACCGCUGUGCAGCGGGAGUCUGA